UCAGCGCAGAAAUGAGAAAAUAUGUGCUUUCCUUAUAAGUCAAUCCCCUUAUUUACAAUCGGGUGGCGUUCUUGCGUGGCAGUUUUCGAUUGUUAAAGCGGUGUCCUGUUAGCUGGCCGUUUGACUGUUGAAGUGAAUGUGUAAACACACACCGGUGGGCUGGUUUGUCUGCUAGCAUGCCUGGCUAACACCAGAGAGACUCCUUGGAUAGGAGGAUACCUGCCUCCAUGGUAACACAGCAGCCUCGACUGCCAUGUCCUCCAUCUCCGUCUCAACAUCUGCUGCUUGUAUUGGUGGGGAUACUGCAGCUGUCCUGGCAUCCAGGAGCUGUGAGCAGGCCCUGCUGGCAUCAGAACGUUACGCCAGCCUCAUCCUGGCCCAGAUGAACAAGAUGCGUCUCCGCUCUGACUUCUGCGAUGUAGGACUCAAGGUUGGCGGGCAGGUCUUCAAGGUCCACCGGCUGGUGCUCGCCGCUAGCAGCCCCUACUUUUCCGCCUUAUUCUCAGGUGGGAUGAGGGAGGCGGAUAAAGAUGAGGUGCAGAUCAUUGGAGUGGCCACGGAAAUCUUUGAAAUUCUGCUGGACUUUAUAUACACAGGGGCAAUCAGUGUAAACGUGGAGAAUGUUCAGGAGCUGAUGGUGGCAGCCGACAUGCUGCAGCUGAUCGAGGUGGUGUCAAUAUGCGGCGAGUUUCUCAAGGGGCACAUGGACCCUUUUAACUGUGUGGGCAUCUUUCAGUUUCUGGAGCAGAUCGCCUGCAUGGAAAUGCUGGAAUUUACUGAGAACUACAUCCAUGUUCACUUCCUGGAGGUGUGUGUCACGGAUGAGUUCAGAGGCCUGUCAAAGGAUCAGUUAGUGAGGCUUCUGCGUAGCGAGGAGCUGAGGAUCGAGGAUGAGUACCAAGUCUUCACCGCAGCCAUGGACUGGGUUCUCCAUGAUGUGGCAAAGAGGAAAAAACAUGUUGUUGAAGUGUUGGAAGCGGUCCGCUUCCCUCUGCUCUCCCCUCAAAGACUCUUCAAGUACAUAGAAGGUAUUACCGACUUCAGCCUGCGGGUGGCGCUGCAGACCCUGCUGAAGGAAUACACCGAGGUCACAAAGUCUCCCAAAGAAAUUAAGUUGUACAGUCAGCUUCAACCAGCAAAGAUGAGACCCAGAAGAAAAGCCAGGAAGUACCUCUACGCAAUAGGAGGCUACACUCGGCUGCAGGGCGGCCGCUGGAGUGACAGCCGAGCGUUAAGCUGUGUGGAGCGCUUUGACACCUUCAACCAGUACUGGACCACAGUGUCGUCUCUGCAUCAGGCCCGCAGCGGGCUGGGAGUGGCGGUCAUGGAGGGCAUGAUCUACGUGGUGGGAGGUGGAAAAGCUGUGAUUGGAGAGAAAGACUCAAUGAUUUUUGACUGCACAGAGAGAUAUGACCCAGUAACGAAGCAGUGGGCUGCGGUAGCAUCUCUAAAUUUUCCUCGAUGUGGAGUUGGCAUCUGUCCCUGCCACGGGGCGUUAUAUGCACUUGGUGGUUGGAUUGGAUCGGAGAUCGGGAAAACCAUGGAACGAUAUGAUCCAGAGGAGAACAAGUGGGAGGUCAUCGGCAGCAUGGCGGUUCCCCGCUAUUACUUUGGCUGCUGUGAGCUACAGGGAUUAAUUUACGUGAUUGGUGGGAUCAGUGAUGAAGGAAUGGAGCUGCGCUCAGCAGAAGUUUAUGACCCCAUUUCCCGUCGAUGGAGCGCCCUGCCGGUGAUGAGCCAACGUCGGGCCUAUGUGGGCGUUUCCUGCCUAAACAACUGCAUUUAUGCUGUGGGAGGCUGGAAUGAGGCACUGGGUGCUCUGGAGACGGUUGAAAAAUACUGUCCUGAAGAGGAGAAAUGGGUGGAGGUGGCCCCGAUGUCCACUCCGCGUGCAGGCGUGUCGGUGUCAGCAGUCAACGGGCUGCUUUACGCCGUGGGCGGACGGGCCGCCAGCAGAGACUUCUCAGCACCCGUGACGAUGGAUUCCGUGGAAAUCUAUGACCCUCACCUGGACACGUGGACUGAGGUCGGCAACAUGAUCACCAGCCGCUGUGAUGGCGGACUGGCUGUGCUCUGACAGCCGUGACUUCAAACUGUGAACAUCAGAAUCAGCACACGAAUCAUCCCAAAACUGUCUAAACGUUGCACCUUAAAAAUGAAAAAAGAUGGUUGUCUCAAGCGGACCACCUUAGGGUUAAUGUUAAUUUAUACAUGUCUCCUUUUUAACUGGACAGCUAGUUCUGUAAAGUGCCAAAAACACUUUUCUAUCACAUGACUUCCUUAUCUUCUGUAAUAGAAAUGAACUUUAGUUGAAAUUGAGAGACAUCAAACGUAUUUUACCAAGAACCGUUAGGCAGACAGAGCCUGCUGAUCAGGACAAGUUUUCACCGUGAAGCAGUUCUUCUUUGAAUGGUUUCUUUGUGUCAGUGCUUCUUUGAUGCACGAAAGCUCUUGAGCGUGGCCGACAGUGGAACCCAAUGAAGCCUUUGGUUGUUCUUGGGGUCAGAUUCUUUAAUACUGGAAACUUGAGGAGAGUGAUCUCUAUUUUCACUGGAUGAUGAUUGGUACACAAGCUGCUGUAAAUACUGGUACCUCUUUGUCAUUAUUUAUGUUUACUCCAGUCAUCAGUGGCACAAUUACAUUUCAGCUCCGAUUCUGAAAUAAACUUAUCCACAAGCUGUCACAUUACAGCCACAAA